AUGGAGGAAAACUCAAAAAGUCCAGAUAGUAAUCAAGAAAGAAAUUCAAGCAAACACCAUUACUCUUACUGUUCAUCUGAUUUUGAAACUACUCCACAGUCUUCUGGCCAGUCUUCAGUGGUCAAACCCUCUUCACCUACAAAUGUUAAGAAAAAGAAUACUAAAAGACAUGUUUCAGAUAGCCAAGUAUAUCAAGCCCCCAGGAAUUCAAGCCCUAAGUGUCUACCUAAGGGAAUCCGCGUGGCAUAUCGCUCCCAGAGCCUCAAUAGAGAGCUACUUCGCAAAGAUCCUGAUCUUGUCACAAAACGGGUUCUUUCUGCAAGACAGCUAAGAAUCACAGAGUUGCAGAAUGAAGUGACUGAACUCCAUGUCAAGUUAGCUGAGCUGCUAAAAGAAAAUAAAGCUUUGAAAAGGCUUCAGUAUAGACAGGAGAAAGCCCUUAAUAAGUUUGAAGAUACAGAAAAUGAAAUCUCACAGCUUAUAUUUCGACAUAACAAUGAGAUUACAGCACUCAAGGAUCGGUUAAGAAAAUCUCAAGAGAGAGAACGGGCAACUGAGAAACGGGUGAAAGACACAGAAAGUGAACUCUUUAGGACAAAAUCUUCCUUAAAGAAACUUAAAAAAAUCUCUGAAGCUAGACAUCUGCCUGAACGAGAUGAUUUGGCAAAGAAACUGGUCUCAGCAGAAUUAAAAUUAGAUGACACUGAACGAAGAAUUAAGGAGCUGUCAAAAAACCUUGAGCUGAGUACUAACAGUUUCCAGAGGCAGCUGCUUGCUGAAAGGAAAAGGUCAUCGGAGGCUCAUGAUGAAAAUAAAGCUCUUCAGAAGGAGCUGCAACGACUGUGUCAGAAGUUAAAGGAAAAGGAGAAGGAGCUGGAUAUAAAAAACAUAUAUUCUAAUCGCCUCCCAAAGAUCUCUCCAAAGAAAGAAUGUACACUUAAGAAAAAUGCUGCAUGCCAGAGUGACAUUACAGACCAGUGUACAAAAGGAGUGCAAACCAGUGAAGACUUUGAGCUGGAAGAAUUUUCUGUAAUACCACAAUCAGUUAUGUGUUAUGAAAACCCAUGGGAAGAACCUGAGCGUCCUACUUUGGUUCAGGAAUCCCAAGACAGAGAGAAGCAGGAAGAAGCAGAGAAUAUAAAUCCACUUUUGGAAGGAGAAGAAAAAUGCAUAAAAGAACUCGAUCCUAUAAAGCAGAAGUUUAGGACCAUAGAGAAUGAAUGGGAAGGAGAAGAACUGGAUAAAAAGCAAAGAGAAAAUAAUUUUUUACUGAAAAGAGAUGAGAAGCCAGAGUUGGAAACUGGAAGAUAUCAAAUGGAAAUGUACAUUGAAGAUCCUGAUAAAUUGAAAGAAGAAGAUGAAGAAGAAAGGCUGAAAAGAGAAAUGCUGCUUGCUAAACUGAAUGAAAUCAGCCUAGAACUCAAAGAUUCUCAGAACCUAAAACAUCCUCCUCUGCCAUUGCUACCUGAUUUUAAAUCUAAGCUAAAUCCCCCACUGAAAAGCCCCAAAACAAACAUGUUUUCUGAACCCUUAGAACGGUCACUUAAUGGGCAUGAGGUCCAGGAUGUCAGUAUUUUCACUACAAAAGGUGAGGGCCCAAAUCUAAGAGAUCAUCAAAGCCCAGCCUCUCCAAAUGAGCUUGCAUUUGGUAGCUAUGUGCCUUCAUUUGCAAAAACAUCAGCAAAGUCAAAUUUACUUAGUCAAAAGAGUGGCCUUUUGGAAUUUCACAAUAACACUAUGGAAAAACUUAAUACAGACAGUGCAGAUUUAAUUACAAGAAAAGAAAAAAAGGCUAAUCUGAUGGAACAGCUGUUUGGUCCCGGUAGUGGCAGCAGCACCAUUUCCUCUAAAAGCAAUGAUUUCAACUCUCUGGCUGUCAGCAGAGGAGAGCUUGACUCUCUGCAUAUUCUCCCUGGGGACAAAAGUGGCAGAGGCCGAGAACAAGAUGAAGAUGAUGACUUUUUCCUCACCGAAGGUAGACAUUUUAAUCAAAAUAGAAACAGAUUAAAACAUACAAACAAUAGGCCAACAGUAAAUGUGGUUGAUUCUGUGGAAGAUGAAAUUGAAGAAGUAGCACUGAGAUGA